UGGGCUUGUUCUUAUUCAUGCUUUGAUAUCAUAUAUGAUGAUGAUACGAGGUUGCAUUUUCAUCGAAAUGGGCGUGGGCUGACUCAUACUAUGAUUCUACCAGAUGAUAUUGGGCUUACAUAAUUUGAUUGAGUCCGAAUUGGUGACUUCACUUGUGAUUUCACUACGGCUCGCGCAUGCUUACUGCGAUGUCACAUGACUAGUUAAGUUUGGUUGCCUGAAAUUGGGCGUUGCUGGUAGGCAAUCACCGGUCAUCAAUGAGUUGAUGGGUGAUCGGGUUGGUCAUCUUGUGUUUCGAGCUGUAAUUAGAGUUACUGGAUUUUAUUUUAUGGUAUUUCAGUAAAAGACACAAGUUUUCCGUUAAUAUCUCUUUCAUUCCAAGCAAGGUAAUGUGGAUUACCGGCAAGAUUACCGGUCCAUACCAAACAUGUAAUCUUAAUAGUAACUAAGUGGAAAUCUAGACUGCUAGUAAUGUUAAAUGGUAAUGCACCAAAGGCCACCUUAGAUAAUGUAGUUUUUAUGCUUGCUCUGUGUAUGUUUAUAUACAUAGUUUUUUGAUAGCUAUUGAGUUAUUGUUAAUGAUGUUGGAAUUGUUAAUUGUUGUUGUAAUUCUCAUUGUUUUUCCAUUCCCAAGACAUUAUUAUCUUCCCGUUUGGUAUGCGGAAAUUAAAGGGGUUCUAUAGAAUGAAAUGUAAUGGUAUUAUGAGGAAAGUUUCGAUUUUUUUGUUGAACAUUACUGUUAAAUAUAUAGAUCUCAAUAGUUUAGGACUUAAAUGUAAAUAGUCUUUAGUUUCUCUCUAGUUGUGUAAAUAACUCAUUGGAGUAUAUAAAAUGCUAAGUGUGGAUAAUCCCACUUACGAUUCUUUUCCCAAUCUCUGUGUUUUCAUGGUAUCAGAGCUAGGGUUGGGGGAAAAUCGUCAACCCAGCUGAAGCAAUCGUCAAUCGUCAACCCAGCUGUUGCUUCCUUCUCCAGUCGCUGUCUCUUCGUCUCUAGGCGUCCUGGCUCGAAGCUUUCUCUAGUCACAGCUUCCUCCAGUCGCUGCUUCAGUCGCUACUCUUUGUUUCCAGCUGCCUCCAGUUGCUGCUUCGGUCGCUGGUUCUUGUCUCCAGUCACUGAAGUCGCUAUUUCAGUCUCCAGAGGUCGCUGGUUCCGUCUCUUCUUCAAGUAUUGGUUCCGUCAGUCUUCAGGUGGUCGCCCAGUUCGUCUCAAGUGGUCCCCUCCUUAUUUUCAGUCUGCUCCCGUGGGCCUACUGGCUUCAUCUCCACCCUACUGUAGAGCUUGUACCUUUGCAGUGCGUAUAUCCAACCGAAUCUUUUUGAGAAGAGUGGAUCAAAUCAGGCUCCUUAUUUUUCGAAUAUGAAAAUAAUAAAAGCCAAUGAUGGUCCUCUUACAAAUUUUGAGGUACUGGACUAUUUGCGGUCAAGAGGGGCUUCCAAGGAGGUUGCCGUCACAGUUGCCCCAUCAGAGUAUAAGGUUUUUGAGUAUUUGGUCGAGACUGCUGCAUGCAAUCAGACAAGAGAGCAUGUGACCGACUUUGUGCAAAAGGUCAAGACAUACAACCUUGCAAAGGCGGAGGUGCUUAACAUAAUAAACAUUAGGCCUCCACUACCUGUUGGAAUUUUCACGAUUGUGGAGAAUUGUGACGCUCGUUUGGGUGAAGCCGCAGCUGAAGAGCUUGCAGAGAUGGUCUCUGAAACUUUGCCCCCUCCUCUGGCGCAGCCAGAGAUUCAAGAUGCUGACCAGCUGGACGAAACUAUAGCAGAUGGCAAUCCACAGCCGAUUGCUGAUUCUGAUGGAGAAGCAGCUUAAGCUGUGGCCGGAGGGGCUGUUAACGGUGGAGACGAUAUGGUUGAAGAUGGGAACUUGGGGGAUACAAGGUGAAGGAUUUUCUUUGCUCAGAUAUCCAUUUGUAGAACGUGAAAUCACAUCUCCAACAUACAAAGUCCGGGCCAAAAGAAAUUUUGAAGUUGUCUAUCA